AUGUCGGAAAGGGAUUCCCCAAUUGGCGAGCACGCCAAUGAGCCUGUCAACGACGGCCAAGAGCAAGAAUAUGAGGAUGCUGUCGCCGCCGCCGACUCUGAUCGCGACUCCGAUGCGCUGUCCGAGGUCGAUGAGGAUCAGUUCGAGGACUACGACCCAGAAACAGCGAAUAUUGAGGACCGACCCGUCGACAUUGACGAAGAUGUUGCUCGCACAUUGAAAGCUACAAAGCGAAAGCGCGCAGAUGGAGAGGCCCCAAAGAAGCCACGUGAAGGCCGCCGAGAUAAGAAGCGCCGAGAUCGAGAUGAAGAUGUUGAUAUGGAUGAUGCAGAGGAUGGAGGCAAAAAGUCACGACGUUCCAGACGCGCUGCUGGUGAUGGAGAGCGACGUCAGCGUUCUAAGCCUGCUAGCCCAGAGCCUGAGAAGGAUGAGAACUUGACACCGGCGGAGCGAAAGCAGCGAGAGCUCGACCGAAUGAUAGAUGCGGCAAUCAAGAAGCCAAGCGGUCUCAAGCGAAGGAAGAAGGAUGAGAUUGAUCUUGAGGACGAGAUUGAUGACCUUCUAGCGGAUCUCAAGGUACAGAUGGAGCAGGCCUGUCAGGCUGAUAACCAGGCUCGCGAGGCCGGCCAACCAGCUCUGCACAAGCUGAAGCUUCUCCCUGAAGUCACCGCUAUCCUGAACCGAAAUAACGUCCAACACGCCGUUCUGGACCCCGAUACGAACUUCUUGCAGCACGUCAAGUUCUUCUUGGAGCCUCUAAACGACGGCUCUCUUCCAGCGUACAACAUCCAACGUGACAUCUUCAACGCUCUCGCCAAGAUGAACAUCGAGAAAGAGGCACUCCUCAGCAGCGGUAUCGGAAGAGUGGUGGUGUUCUAUACUCGUAGCAAGAAGCCCGAACCCAGUAUCAAGCGAAUCGCUACACGACUCUUGGGAGAAUGGAGUCGACCUAUCCUGAAACGAACCGACGAUUACAAGAAGCGCCAGAUCGAGACCCGUGACUACGAUUAUGAGUAUGCACUCCCUCACGGCUUUUCUCUUACACCUGCUAACUUUGAUGCCAGAUCUGCCAAGAUGGCACAACGCCAGAAGACCAGCUCUCAAUUCAGUCUUUCCCAGCGUCCUGCCGCCAACGCCAAGGAUGCUGAGCGCGAACGUCUACUGGCCCCAUCACGAGGCAACAACUCGGCGCGUAUGGUCAACUUGCCUUCGAGCUACACUGUUGCUCCCCAGAGCACCUUUAUGGGCUCGCAAAACUCGAGCCAUCGUCCCCUUGGUGCAGGUGGUAUGGAGGCUUUCCGCAAGAUGGCUCAGAAGAGCAAGAAGCGUGCCAACUAA